AUGCUCCCCUGGCUCCGGGCUCCUUCCGGAACUCGGAGCAAGUCCCAGCCCACGACGCGGAAGAUGCAAUUCCUGCUCGGCUUCUGGCGAUGCGCUCUGCUCGUCUACAUCUUCUUCGAACUCGACGCCUUCGAGACGGCGAAGGUGGCUGAUCGGCCCGGCCCUGCGCGCAUCGCCUCCGUUCUGACGCACGACCGAGCCAUCGAGCGAACUCACGACGGUCGGCCCGAUCUCCACGCGGAGGCUGAGCGCAGUGCAGCUGCAGCGGCGCAACGGCGCAAGCUGGCGCAUCUGGUGGAGGAGCCGGCGCCGGUUCUGAACUACCACUACGGGCCGCUGAUGAACUCGGGCGCGAGCGUGCCGGUGCACGUCAUAUGGUACGGGGAUUUCAGCGCCGAGCAGAAGGCCGUUGUCUGCGACUUCUUUCGCUGCUUCAGCGCCACAAAGCAUAAGACGCCGUCCGUGACGAGCUGGUGGAACGUGACCCAGGGCUACAAGGACGACAAAGGCUGCGCCGUCGCGGGCUCGCUGCACCUGGGAGCGCAGGUCCACGACCGAGAUUGCUCGCGCGGCCGGGCCCUCAGCGAGGACGACCUGCAGGCAAUCGUGCUGAACGCGCUAAACGCGACGGAUCCCGCGUCGCGACUGCCCCUGGACGCCAGCGCCGUCUACCUCGUGCUCACGGCGCGCGACGUCCACGUGGAGGAUUUCUGCAUGAACUCAUGCGCCUCGCACUUCUCCACCCCGCCCGCGGACGAGACGCUGGGGCAGCAGCUGCCCUUCGCCUGGGUCGGGAACCCGGAGCUCCGGUGCCCUGGCCAGUGCGCCUGGCCUUUCGCCCGCGACGACGAGUUCGGGCCGCCGGGCCCGACGCUGAAAUCGCCCAACGGCGACGUGGGGCUCGACGGCCUGAUCAUCAACAUGGCCGCCAUGCUGGCCGGCACCGUCACCAACCCCUUCAACAACGGGUUCUAUCAGGGCGACGCCGCUUACCCGCUGGAGGCCGCCACGGCCUGCGCUGGCAUCUUCGGCCCGGGCGCUUACCCGGGCUUCCCCGGCCAGCUCCCGCAGGACGAUGCGUCCGGCGCCAGCUUCAAUGUCCACGGCUUCUGGAACUCCAGCCGCAAGUUUCUCGUGCCCGCUCUGUGGGAUCCCGACACUCUCACUUGCACCCCUCCCUAG